AUGCAGCUUUUGUGGCCCAUUGGGGCUUCGUUAUUCGCUAUCGCCUCCGCAUCUCCCACUCAAUCUUCGACAACUGCUGUCAAAGGAAGCGCAGCCGGAAGCUGUUUGACCCAGACAUUCACGCAAUUCGAAUGUGACGGCACUUUAGUCGAGCAUCGCGACAUGCUUUCGUACCUGCGGUCUGAUGCAGAUCCUGCUGAUCCCAUUGAGGAUGCCUCGGUCAUGAAUAAUGACCCAUGUUGUUCUUGGAAGCGUGGCCCGGUCUACAUUGGUGCUGGGAUAAACCGUGAUGUUGGCUACUUCAUCUUCACAAGAGCCAAGAAUUCCAAGGACGUCUGUGCAGUCACCGCUCUUGCCAACGAGGAGACCGUGUGUGCGGCAGUCGAGCCAUCCAAUCUGAGCGCCCAAAAACCUGGGCGACACGUCUACUUCCAGUGUUUUAGCCACAAGUUCUCUCGGAAGCACAUCAUCGCUCAGAUCAAAGCUCCUUCACAAAAAGUCAAGAAGAUCGGUACAGCAAUCAUCGAGGCCGAUCCGUCCUGCGUUUAUGCCCACGGGCCGAUGGCAAUCAACGCGGAUGAUAAGGGUAAAAGCUACUACAUCUACACUCGCGACGAAACGUCCACAGAGCCUUGUGCCGUCCAGGAGGUCAAUGCCGGGGUUUGCAGCAGACAUGAUGUCAAGGCCUAG